GGGGAAAGUUUUGGUACAGAAGCAGUCUUAAGUACAACAGCAGUGAUAUCUACAACUGAGUUCACUUCUGGUACAGAAAGUGUAUCAAGUACAACAGAAGCAAUAUAUACAACUGGGGAAAGUUCUGGCACAAAAACUGUACCAGGUGCAACAGAAGGAAUAUUUACAUCUGAGAAAACCUCUGGUGAAACAACUGUAUCAAGUACAACAGAAAGUAUAUCUACAUCUGAGGAAAGAACUACAACUGUGAUAACUUCUAGUGCAACACAGGACCUGGAAACAACUGAAAAAGCAUCUACAGCAUCUAGUUCAGUAUCUGAACAAAGUACAGGGGAUGAUCAGUCUACAGCAUAUAUAAGUUCUACUACAGUAUCUGAACAAAGUACUCUCAAUGUCCAAACUACAGCUGAAGUAAGUGCUGGUUCGACCGUAGAAAGGACUACAGCUGAAACUUUACCUAAAACAACAUAUGACCUAAUUACUUCAGAGGGAAUAACAGAAGCUAACGUAACAGCAGAACCUAAAUCAAGUACAGUUGCACUUAGUUCAACGGCUCCAAUCCAAUCUACUACAACACCUAAAGUAAGUACAACUCAAGAAAGGACUACACUUGAAGCCAAAUCUACUGAACAAACUAAAACUGCAUCAUUGACAUCUACUUCCUCCGUUUCAACUGUAAUAACAGACAAUAUUGCUUCUUCUUCUGUAAUAUUGACUACACCACCACCAUCAAAUAGCACAUCUAUAACAACAAUAUUAACAACUUUAUUUACUUCUACAUCUGUAUCACCUUCAACAACCAAAAGCACAGGAAGUACUUCUCUUUUUGUAUCAACCACAGCAACAACAGAUAACACAUCUGUAACAACGUUGACACUUUCAACUGCAUCUACACCUACAUCAUUAUCUUCUACAACCAAAAGCACAGAAACUACAUCUUUUUUUGUAUCAACCUCACCAACAACAAAGAGCACAUCUGUAACAGCAUCAACCCUAACAUCCACGGCUACUUCUGUAUCUCCAAUAUCAUCUACAACCACAAUGACCACAAGCACAUCUUCCUCUACAGUGUCAACUACACCAAGACCAUCAACAAAAACCUCUUCAACCCCAGCAACAACAACACCUACCUCAACCAUUACCACUACCACUACUGGAGCUGCAAAAAAAGCUGUUUCUCUUUUUGACUAUGGUGUUGCUGUUGGUGAUCAAGAAUGUGUAUAUAGGAAAACUGACUUCACCUGUCCACUGUUGGAGCCACCUAUGGGAUUUCCAUUUCUCAAAAAGCUGAGGAACUUUCUAUAUUACACAGACAAUGGGCAGAUUGUCUUCCCAAUAUCCACGAACAAUGUAUUUUCUUACACUAAUCCAACUGGAUUUUCUAACAAUUUUAAUGUGGCCAUGAUAGGAGUAUUUUGGGAUGAUGCAGAUUUCUCCAAAAACGUUGGAACUACCUAUUACCAGGUUUAUAAUAGCACCAGUAAUACAACUGCAACCAGUCGGGUGGAAUCCAUGAUUCGGAAGUACAGUCAAACUCCAUAUACUGCUCAAUGGACCUUGAAAAUUACUUGGGUAAAGGCACCUGCAUACGGGUCUAAUUAUAAUUUGGGCAACACAUACCAGGCCGUGCUGACUACUGAUGGCUAUGUUUCCUACAUUCUUAUGCUUUAUCAAGAUGGAGGGAUGAACUGGGAUGUUACCAUUCGCACUAACAAUGUUACUAUUGGCUACAGCAGUGGGAGCAACGAUGUAUUUUUCAAAAAUGAUCCACUCAUGGAAAAAACAGCUGCAGAAAAAUACCGUCCUGAUGCCCAGGUCCAAGUUGAUCCAGAUUUACGGGGACUCUGGAUGUACGCACUGAACAAUGAGACAUUGAUCAAUAACCGUAUGACGUGCCUAAGCUGGUACAAUUCUCAGCCUUCCCCUUCUAGUUGGAACACUGGAUUAUUGUCCUGUCCAUGUUUAUAUCAGCAAGGAAGCUUAGAUUUUCGCUACAUGAGGAGCAGGCCAGACCAGUCUGGUACAAAAAUGCUUCGGCCCGUAUUUCCAAAUUGGAGAGAUGCUGGUGUAAGAUGUGUGUACAGCAUGUGGAAUGACUAUAUUCAGGGUUUUCAGGAGAGGAACUGGAAAUUUGGAGGCAAUGAUUUAGAGACUAGUUAUUAUGAUGUGUGUUGCAAUCAAGUGAGUGACCCCAAGUUCUGUUCUAUGUACAUGGAGAAGAGACCUGCAAUCAAUUGCAGGAAAUACAGGCCCUUAUUCUUUGGAUGGAUGUUUGGAGACCCUCACAUUACCACUCUUGAUAGUGUCAGUUACACAUUUAACGGUCUUGGAGACUUUCUUCUUCUCAGUGCUGAAGAUUCUGGCAUUUCUUUGACUUUACAGGGUCGUACAGUGCAGACUGGUUCUGCAAUGGCUACUAACUUUCAGGCUUUUGCUCUGAACUACAACUCCACCACUGCAAAUAUUACAGUGGAGUGGUAUCUCACAGGUAAUGAGACUAUAACAACUUAUGUGAAUGGCCAGGUUGUCUCCUACACAUAUUCUAACGAUUUGCAGGGAGAUAUGAACAAUGACACAUCAGGUGUCUUCCUGAUGAAGGACAGCCACUCAGUCCACACAAAUUUUGAAGGCCUUUUAACUGUGACUGUGUCAGCUAGCUUUGGAAUGAUGAAUGCCAUUACUAAUCUACCAAACCAAUUUUUAAACAAAACCAAAGGCUUGAUGGGAACGUGGAACAAUGACAAGACUGAUGAAUUCACUAGUCCAAAUGGAACAGUAAUUUCCAGCCAAAGCACAGAGGAAGAAAUAUUUAGAUAUGGGAUGACAUGGGAAGUCACUGAAAGUUUGUUUAGCAAAGUGAGUGCAACAGCAAGGAGUGCAAACACUUUUACACCUCUCUUCUUGAGCGAUUUGAAAAAUCAGAAUUCUGAAAAGUAUGCCUCAUUGCUCAUCCUUUGUGGCAACAACACGGAAUGCUUAUUUGAUGCUCUCUCCACCAAUGAUACUUCCAUAGGCUUAGCUACUCUCACCACGGCUCAGGCAUUUAAAGAAGCCAACACCACUCUAAACUCCAAUCCACCGGUCAUUAAUGGCAAUGCCACCAUUCUAAGUUUCAUCGGGGAGAAAACCCAAGCACAAUUCAGUGCUAACGUGGCUGGAGUCAACUUCAUUACUGAUGUGUCUUAUAAAGAUGUUAAUUUGACUUCUGAUGGACUUCUGACCUGGCUUCCAUCUAGUGCUGAUGGUUUCACAAUGUGGCUUAUAGCUACAGACUCUCAGAAUCUCUCCUCCUCAAUAAAGCUUAAUUUCUAUCUAUGUGACUGUCGCCUUAAGACUCAAUGUGUCUAUACCGACUUAUCUAGAGUCAAUACUUCAUCUGUUUAUGUCGCAGGUUGUUCUUGUGCAGACAAUUACACAGACACUUUUUGUAGAACUGCUCCAAAUCCCUGUACUGGAGGAUGCUUCCCUGGAGUGCAAUGUGACAACAUAACUGGCUGUGGAUCCUGCCCUGCAGGACUGAGUGGUAAUGGCUUGCACUGUGAAGAUAUAGAUGAAUGCCUUCAAAAUAACACUUGUUCUCCGAAUGCUGAUUGUACAAACACAUAUAAAAGCUAUAGCUGUGUCUGCAAACAGGGGUUUACUGGGAAGAAAUACUGGCAUCAUAAAUGUUUUCCUUUUGCAGGGAAUGGAACAGUUUGUACUUGUGGUGAAUGUGAAGCAAAUUACUGCAACAAUGGUGGAACAUGCACCAGGGUGGGAACAUCGUGCACCCAGAAAUGUACAUGUCCUCCGGCAUUUAUUGAUGAUCGAUGCAUAAUUGCUGGCAACAAUUUCCCCGCGCAGCUCAAAGCUAGUACAAAAAUGAGAACUAUAUCUUUAACAAUCAAGAACACUGGAGCUAAUUUCACUGACGUGGAAGCAUAUAGCAAGGUUAAUGAAGUAUUGAGCUUCAUACCUCAAUAUAAAAAUGCUACUGGUUUCCUAUCCCCAUGGAACGAGUCUGACUUUUUUAUUUCCAACGUCACGGCUCAAUUUAUGUAUGUCGCGAACUUAACAAUUAUACAGUUUCUGAAUAAUGAGCUAGUAUCAACGCUUAGGACUCGACUGGGUAUAACAAAACGGGCAACAUCAAACUUGACAGUGAUAAGUGUUGAAGAUGGUUUCAAAUUAACCAAAAGUGAACUCCAAAACUCUCUGUCCUGUGAGCUUAAUGGAUAUGGUGGAUAUACUCUGGAUGCUGAAAACUUUCAGUGUGUAUCAGUGUGCAAUUCCUACUGUAAGAAUAAUGCCAAAUGUGAGCAGAUUCUUAAUAAAACCCUCUGCAGUUGUGUCUCAUUCAGCAUAUACACCACCUCUGGGGCACAAUGUGAAAACCUCACCAUGAACCUGAAUGCUUUCUUUGGGAUAUUGUUUGGAGCUUUGGCAUUCCUCUUCCUUCUCUUAUUGGGUAUUGGUUUGGGCAUCUACUGCUAUCGAAAGAGGAAGAAUAAAGAAGAUGACACUGAGAGGUUACACCCAACAGAGUUUUCCUGGAAGAAAUCCCCAAUAUCAGGUUUCAACAAACUGAAAGAGUCAACGAUACCAACGUUAACCACAGAUAAAAAAGAACCACAUCUUGUAAGCUGGCGACCUCACUUAGAGAAAGUUGAUAAUUUAUAUGAGGUGAAAAUAAAAAGGCCUGAAUCAAAAACCUUGGAAACAGAUGGAAUGAAAAAAUAAGCUUCUCAGUGAUGUUUUAGCUGGUUUCAAAACUCCUGAUGACUUCAGUUAUGAGAUAAAGAGAUCAUUUAUUGUAUGAUUAAUUUAUUUGACUGCACUAUUCCUGACUAUUAUUUAUUAACAACUGGUGCAUGUCAUGAAUAUUUUGCAAUAAUUCACAGAAUUCUACAUACUUCCAGGAAGAAUUGUCUAGCCUUUCCCAAGAGAAAAAUAUGAUAAUCUAAUAAUCCCAUGGUGUAGACAGUCUAUUGUUGUAUUUGUAGGGUACAGUAGCCAACCAUGCUCUAAAUAUAUUUAGUGUAAAUCUAAAUUAUUAAUCUGUGAAUUCUUGCUUUGGCAGUUCAGCAAUUAUGCACAAUAUUGUAAUCAUUUAUAUUAUCCAAUGAAAGUGUUCUAGAUACUAUAAGGCUAAUGAAUGAUCAAGUCGGAAGACACUUGAAUCUCAUGCUAUCAGGAAGGUGACAAUAUUUGCUUUGUAGCACCAGAAAACAGAAAAAAAAACAAGCACAUAGGAAGGAAUGAUGAAUUGAAACGUUUCUUGUUAUUACAUCCUAUAUUUUUGUAUCAGGUUUUUAUAUGUAAUGAUUAUGGCAAUAUUAUAUUUUUAUCAUAUGAGUGUAAUAAUUUAUCAACUGUCUCAAAGACAUUACAGUAACAUGUAACAGGUGUCUCAACUUCAAGUAUGAUUCAGGAAAAUGACGG